AUGCCUGAAACAAAGUACAGAGACCGAGGGCAGGAGGACGACGAAGAGGAUGAGGAGUCGGACGAGGAGGAGGAGGACGACAACAAGAAUGGAACCAGACAAGCCAUUGUCGACAUGAAGACGAAAUUCAACGGCCAAGCAACCGAAGAAACCGUUGAGAGAUUCUUAGAUGACCAUUCCGCCGUGGUGAAGAACGUCAGUCAGAGUGGUGAGACGUUUUUUCACAGAAUCAUCGAUCUGGUGCACAGAAGAGCGGACGAGAACUCGCUAAAUGCAUUGGAUAUCAGGCCACUGUUCGAAAGGCUCGUCAAAAGCCACUCGUACUUGUUGAGAAUCACUGAUGAGGAUGACCAAACACCCCUAUACCGCGCAAUUAACCGCAAAAGAUUCACUUGGAAAUUAGUCAAUUACGUAUUGGAUAGUUGCAAGGACCCGGCAUGUAUUGACGAUGUUCUCAAACGAACGUGCGGAAAGGGGGAGUCUCUGAAAACAUGUCUGACAUUGGCAUUCGAAAAGGACCUCAAUAACAAGGUCCUUCUAAAUCUGGUCAGGAACGCAAGCCCGACUGUUUUGGACCUCACGGAUGGCUCGCACCGAACGCCUUUUCACUAUGCUGUCCAGUACGAACAGUGUACCGAUGAGCGAGUGGAGAUUAUCAGACUUCUACUCGAAAGGGAUAGCGAAAUUGUUCAGGAGCAGAAGUUGUCUGGAACUUCUCGGCCUAUCGAGACCUUCUUGGAUCACAAAUAUGCAAGAAAAGAGGAAGGGAGACAGACCCCAGUUGAAUAUUCCGUCUAUGGUGAGCACAAGAGGACAGAGAAGGCCUACCUCGACCUUCUCGAUAAGGAGAGAGCCACGAAGAUGCGCGAAACAGAAAAUGAGAAGGCGGAUACGAAACCAAAAGGCUCCAGUUUGGCACACAGAGAAAAGGAACCGCCCAAAUCAGGGUUGCUUCCUCCGAAAGAAGCGAAAACCCAGAUUGGCGGAGACCGUGAUCGCGGACCCAAAAGGAUCGGGCUGGACCGAGAAAACCCCAAGCAAUAUCUCGACCCGAAGCUGGACGAGACUGAAAGACGGCUACAGGAACUCAGGGAAAAGGAGGGACGAGAACAACAAGAGCGAAACGCAAGAGAGGAGAAACAUCAGCAAGAGAAGAUAACGGAACGAGACGGCUCUCGUUCAAUACAGUUCAGAGACCCAAAAGAACGUCUUGACGAGACAGGCAAGCUUCAAUUCAGCUUGAUUGCGGCUGACCCUGCGCCAAACACGCCAUUGAAGAGAGUCGGAACACACAGAUCUGAUACUGCGGAUAUGGACAAGAAGGAGAAGAAGAAGUCUUCGUCUAGAAGAGCAUCCAAGAAGCCCGACCCAAAAGUUUUGGCAACCAAUUCUGUCAAAGUUCUCAGGAUGUUGAAGCUUCACUACAUGCGGACCAGAAGUAUAAAGAUGGCUACAUCGUUUCUCUAUGGAAAUGAUAUUCAAAACGACAUACAGAUUUGCUUCGACUACGAGGGGCUUCCAUCGGAGAUCCAAGACCAUGUCUUUCUGGAGCGCUUUGGAAAAGAUACCCGCAGUGGCAUUCAAUUUGACGAAGUACUGAUGUACGUGAGGUUCCCUAUCGUGUCCGUAGAACGCACCGGCAGAAGGGCUCCGAAGCCUCGGGCUCUAGGCCGGCAGGACAUGGAGUUUUUCUUUGACUGGCUUUACAACAAAGGUGUGCGACGAAUUCUCAAGGUGGAAGUAGAUGACAGUGGCAAGAUUCCACACAGCGAUGAGGCAAUCCAGAAUUCGCUGGAGAAAAUCGUGGUCGAACAUCUCGACUGGCAAAAGACCGAUUUGGAUCCUCGGGUGAUUUGCCAGAUCAGCAGCAAAGCCGAAGCCGUGGAUUCUGACACUUCUCACGAGAGUGUCUUGCCCAGAACCAACAACGGCCUUCGCGAGGUGACGCUCAAGUGGAGCGGCAACAAUGCAAUCCUGCGGGCAUGGAGCGAGCUUGAAGGGUUACCGCAGCUGCCGAAACUUGAAGUCGUCAAUCUCAAUGUUCCUGCACAUUCAGAUCUAUACGAAACAAGGGAAUGGGUCCAGAAAAACGUCGACGAAUUCAAAGUUCGUCUGAAUAGAAAUGCCAAUGAAAGCCGCAAUGCCGGCAUUCUGCCCAAACUACUGGACCCGAACGACUCACAAUCUUCAGAGACUCUGUCAGAGAAGAAAAUGGGUUUAACUAGGAAUGAGCCGCCCAAAGAGGGCAAGAUCAUUGUUUUCCCGAGGGAGGGUAAAAAGGGAACCGAAAUGCCUGUCUCCUCCGGCAGUCUAUCCAAAACAGUCGGAACGACCAACCCUGUUACCGAGCACGAGUGGCUCAACUGCGUAGAACGAUUCGCUGGUUGCAUGGAUCUGUUUUGGAAGGAGACAGUCGAUUUAUCCCGUGGAUUGUUGAAUCCAGACUCCAACACCGAUGCCCACCUUCUGACGGUCCUUCAGAGCUUGAGCAAGGACGUUGUUGUUGCGCUCAUCGACGAUGGCGUUGACAGCUGCGAUUCGGGCUUUUCAGGCCGUAUCAUUGAGGGCAAGACAUUCGACUAUCGAGAUGCAGGUGCUGGGCAGUAUUACAGCUCAGCAAGGGGCCAUGGUACCGAGAUGGCGAGAAUGAUUUGGAAAGUGUGCCCCAUGGCCAGCGUAUACUCGAUCCGACUCAAAACACACAUCAGUCCAAACAAGGGGCAGUGUACGAUUGAUGCAGUCUCUGCAGCUUCGGCCAUCGAAGCUGCCUUGGAAAAGAAAGCAACCAUCAUCUCCAUGUCGUGGACUAUGCCAGUGCCACCGGAGGGAAGCAAAGAGAAGCAACUUUUGGAUUCGGUGCUGGAAAAGGCAUGCAGUCGGAACGUUCUCAUGUUCUGCUCGUCGUCAGACCAGAUUUCUGAAACCAAGCAUUAUCCUUCCGCCUUCAGACGAUCGAGGUUCUUCUUGAUCGGCGCCGCUCACGAUGACGGAAGUGCUUACGGUCAUGCCGGGAAGGACAACGAUUUCAUUUUCCCUGGAGUCAAUGUCAACACGAGCGGCGGAGCCAACCUGUCGGCAUACCUUGCCGACAAGAUGGCGUCGAGCAAAGAGUCGACGGGUUCCAGCAUCGCCACGGCUCUCGCUGCUGAGCUGGCCGCAAUGAUCACGUACUGCUUCAAGACGAGUGAAUUGGCCAUUGUUACAGCCAAAAUCCAGCAGGGAAAAGACUACAUUGCGGGUCCCGAACUCGUGCAGCGAGGGGAUGUCGAGAAGAUCGCUCAGCAUAAUGUUCUCAAGACGGCAUUCAACAGAAUCGGCAAAAUGGACAACGGGCAGUUCAUCAAAGUUUGGAACAGGUUCCAACCAGCAAUCCGAAUUCUCGAGGGCGAGGGUGAAUACGAAACCAAGCUCGCCUGCAUCAUGAAGCUUUGCUCGAAUCUUAUCGAGCAUUAG